UAAUUUUGUUGUUUAUAGAAAUCCGGUUUCUUAUGAAGAUUUUAUUAUUACAAUACAAAGGAUUUUAUUGUUCGUAACAUUUUAAAUUGCCGCUGUUAGUAUGAACUGUCUUGGUUAGCAGCAUUUCCAUAGGAAAGGCCCCGUAUAUAGGAAUAUCUCUUUCAUCUCUCCGAGAUAAAAGAAAGCCGCCGUGCAGACUGCGCUGCUAGUUCAAGUUUUUCUCAAGCUACACGGUGGCGCUGAGAUCUCAGCUACCAACGUGAUGUUGGCUGCUACCAGUCCGUAUAUAUAUAGUUAAAGGUUCAGACAGUUUCUGUACAAGAAUGAAUAAGCGAAAAUACCCUGUGAAGUUUUCCAAAUUAUACGAAUAAUGCUUGUGCAACCUUAGAAAACACAUUUUCAUUGUUUGUUCGUCUCCUACAACGUGUAACCUGCCGGAUAGGGAUUUAAUAGCAAUUUUCAGAUAUUAAAUAUCGUACUCAUGUGAAAGGAAACCUUCGAACAAUUAUUUGAAGCGGUGACAAAUACGGUACCACCUCAAUAUGUGUGUCUUUACUGUCUGAUUUUCGAAAUAGUUUACUCCAACUAGUGUUGUUCAAACGUUGCUUAUUAUUCGAAUUCAGAGGGUUCGAGUGGAGCGAAUAUAGUUUCGUUGAACAUCUUCGUAAUUUAAUCACAAUGUGGGCAUUAAUUUCUUAUUGAUACUGCUUAGUAUAGUUUAGGAGAGGUUAUGUUGCCCAUAUGAUUUUGACAGCGAAAGAAGGCUGAGAACCUCUGGCGGAAGAAGUUCGGACCAAACUGCUCCUCUCGGCUCGAACCAAUCCGCUGUGUUGCUAUACAAAACUGGAGGAAAAAAUUCUUUGACUGUAGCAACUGUAAUGCUAAUUUACUUUUGUUUUACGCAUCAAAAGUGCAUAAAUUCUAGGAGCCGCCAUUGUGUUAGCUUGUGUACUUUUAUGUAAGCGUUGGGCUCCCAAGCUUAUUAACGACAAGGUCGCUUGUCGCCGAGGAUUUAAAACACGAGAUAGCAGAAGACAGUUAAAACCGUUGAUGUUCGCUGGCCGUUAAGUACGAACCUAACCUAGUUGUGUGGCGUCCUUGUUGCAAAUAUUAGUGUCGGAUUCAUUAGAACUACGCGGCUCCUCGAAAAGUUUGCGAAUUGUGGUUAUUAUGCAAAAUUGCAGUCAGUGUGAUACGUGAAGAUCUCCCAUCUUAUUUGACAAUGAAUGGACCACAAAUGGAUCCAGCAACGGUUAUAGCUUUGUGUAAAGAAAACAUUCAACCAUUGCGCCAUGGGCGAAAUGCAGUACAAUUAGGUACGGCACUACGUGCCCAAGAAGACGCAGAUGCACAACAGUUACUGCAGCAAGAAAAACAGAUGUAUGAAGAUGCAAUUAAAAGUUACGAUGGGGAUGAUCCUUUGGAAAAUUGGUAUGAAUAUAUUCUUUGGGUGGAACAGAGUUAUCCAAAAAGUGGUCAUGAGUCUCCUUUAGCAAGACUUUUACAAGACUGUUUGGCUACUUUUGAAAAAGACGUUAAAUAUCAUCAAGACCGCAGAUACAUUCGUUUAUGGAUUAACUAUAUAAGUAUGCAAAAAAAUCCUUUAGAACUGUAUCAGCUUUUAUAUAGAAAUGGCAUUGGUACAAUGGUGUCCGAUAUGUACCGAGCAUGGGCAUUUGAAUUGGAACAAAGCGAAGAUUAUAAACGAGCUGAUGAAGUUUAUAUGAUAGGAGUAUCUACAGCAGCUCAACCACAAGAAGAACUUGACUAUGCUCAUAAAAAUUUUCAGUUAGCAGUAGCUCGCAAAAUGCUUGGUCGUACAGAGAAUAAAUGUGAAGUAACCCUAGCUGAGCAGCGCCAAGCAUUUAGUUCCUUACGAGCUAUUAGAGCUGGUAAGAAAGUGACUAGUAUUCGCACAGGUCAUCGAGUGCGAGAUUAUUUACCAGGAACUAUGCCACAAAUUGGUCCUCCAGGUCAAUCGUCAAGAUCAAGUGCUAAAAUUCAGAUUUAUCAGGAUGAGGGUCAGGAUGGGCAAAUGAAAGGAUCUAGUAUAUUAGACCACAUUCCAACAGAAGAAGUGAUACAUAAAGAAAACACUAUUAAGCCUGGACCAUGGAAUAGUGGGAGUAGAAAACAUCCAUUAAUGUCAGUGCCUGUUAAGACAUCUUUUAAAGUUCACGAAGAUGAUGUCGAUGAUCAAAACAGUAUGGAAAGGUUGAGAUUAUUUCCUAAUCAUACAUCGUUCUUCGAUGGCAGCAAGUACCAUGAUCAUUUAAUUGUUCCCGUUUAUGUCCCGGAUCCACCAAAUCCGCACAUAAUCAUGAAGGUUCAUUAUCCCAAAGAUUUGGUUUACACUAAUAAUGUUGACCGAAGUAUGGAAGAAAUUAAAGCACAAUUUUAUUUGGAAAGAAGGGCAAAAAAUCUGGAGAAAAUAGGAAAAAUGCAAGAUAUUCAGUUACACAUGGAAGAGGCAGAGAGAGUUAAUAAAUUAUGUGAAAUUGCGCAUCAGAGACAUGAAGUGAAUGUAAAUGAAUUAGCAAUGCAAAGACAAGAAGCUGAGCAAAGGGAACUGGAAAGGCAGAGACAGUUGGAGCAACAAAGAAGAGAAGCUGAGAUGAGAGAAAUAGAGAGGCAAAGACAACUAGAGCAGCAGAGAAGAGAAGCUGAACAACUUGAGUUUGAAAGGCAAAGACAUGAAGCAGAACAAAGAGAAGUGGAGAAGCAAAGGCAAGAAGUUGAGUUGUUAGAAUUGGAGAGACGAAAACGACAGGCGGAACAAUUGGAACAUGAAAUUCAAAGACGAAAAGCUGAACAACUAGAGUUGGAUAGGCAGAGGUAUGAAGCUGAACGACAGGAAUUGGGGAGAUUAGAAGCUGAAAGAAUAGAGGCAGAAAGAAUCGAAGCUGAAAGAAUGGAAGCUCAAAGGAUGGAAGCUGAACUUAAUAGACAGCAAAAAUUACCAAUGUCAAAUUAUAUGCAUCGACUUCAUACAUCUGCCGAUGUUCGUGAAAUCGAGGAACAUUUGCUUGGACAAAGUUUAACUGUUAAUACCAAAGAAGCCAUGUCAGCUGUACAAGGUUUAUGGCGAUCACCAGAAGAAAAGCAAGCUGAUUCUUUAAUUGACAACACUAUGAUGAACCGAUUAACGGAUUCCAGGCCCAAGAUUUUAUUUGAUAUUCACAUGGACAGUUCUAUGACGCAGCAGGCAAUGUCUACCAGUAAACGUCGCCAUGAGUUCAAUGUUCAUUCAUUCAACGACCAAGAAAAUCAUUUUCACGUUUCAUAUACCGAUGCUGAACAUCAACCAGGUUUUGCAAGUCAUGGAUUUCCAACUACUUAUCAUUAUCAAGUACAGCAACACCAGCAAGUUCAAGCGCAGCAUCAUCAGCAAGCUCAGUCGCAACAUCAUCAACUUCAACCCCACCAUCAGCAGGUUCAGGCGCAUCACCAACAAAUUCAAUCACACCAACAGUUGCAACAACAUAUUCAUCCUCAGCAUCAUCAGCACCAGUCACUACCACAAUCGCAGCAUCAACAACACCAUGCAUAUGAGAACAUUGUGCCAAGUACUGUUGGAUACCAGCAGUAUGCAUCACCUCUUCAGGUCCCAUCAGACCAGCAUCAAAGUGUGGAAGCUCAAAAACAGUUACAUUUUACACCCUACACAGAGCCGAUAGUUGAAUCUAAUAAGUCAUACAAGAUGCCCUCCGAGUUGCCCUAUAUUAAAUCACCAGGAAUGAACAGAAGGGAUCUAAAAUAUUUAGAGGGCGCCGAAGACAAGGAAAAUGAAGUUGUUCUAGAUUACAACGAACCUGUUGAAGAGAAUCAAGCUAAAGCAACCGAAGAAAAUUUAUUUAUCGACGAAAGCCUUGGAAUCGCUCCACUGUCAGGGAUUAACGAAACUUGCUUUACAGAAGCUUUUAAUACCCAAUUAUCCGCCUCCACACCUAUGACUAGUCAUUUCAAACCAUCUUACAGGAUGAAAGAUGUACAGCAAUUUCCAGAACCCCCUGCUCCAACACAAGAAAUUCCAGGUAUACGCACUAACGAGGCCGAUGAUAAGCUUAGUGUUAUUAUGGAAUCUACGGGGGAAUACGUUUCUAGUAGUUCCGGUAGCAAUGUUCCCACACGAUUAGGUUUUACCAUUACCAGAGAAGAAAUGGUACCUAUCAAGGAACAAUCGUCUUCAAAUCAAGAUAUGGAAUCGACUGUAUCUCUGCUCGCUGCAAAUCAGACUUAUGAACAGAAGAUGAGGGCGCAAAUUCAAGCAGUUCAUGCACAGAGUCCAAGAACAGUUCAGCGCAACGUAGAUCAAAUCACUUCGGAGAUUAAAACUAACUGUGACCUGCACAAAUCGAUAGGUUUUAAACUUAAUGAUUCAGUUGAGGAUAAAAUAGAUGAUUCUAUGGAAUGCGAAGAGCACGAGCCAAUGGAGGAAGUAGACGAGGAAUUGUUUGAAUUCCCAACAGGAGAUAUAAAUCCUUUUGACAGUAAAUUAAUCACGAAAUUUUUGAAAAGGAUGAAAUUCCCUCAAGCGCGUCACGCUGAAGGAUAUGUAAGAUUAAAUAGCAAUUUAAAUAAAUUUGUGCCUUUUUCUACAAUUACGCUUGGUACGGAUGUAUAUGAGUUGGAAACGUGCCUUGGAAAAGGAACCUAUGGAAAAGUAUUCAAAGCAUUCAAUUCACAAACACAUCAAACGGUUGCUUUAAAAACCCAAAAACCUGCCUGUGUUUGGGAGUAUUAUAUUGCGCGAGAGAUAAAAACUCGCUUGACAAACCCUCAUAUGUUACGUGGAUUUAUGGACAUUACAAUGGCAUAUAUAGCAGAUAAUGGAAGUGUACUAGUCUCUGAAUUUUCAAAAUAUGGAACUUUGUUAGCUGUGACAAAUGACGUAAAAAUGAGCUCGGGUAAAUCAUUAAACGAAAUUCUAUGCAUCUAUUUCACAAUCGAGAUGUUGCAAAUAGUUGAGUACUUGCAGAAGUGUCAGAUAAUCCACGGCGAUAUCAAACCAGAUAAUUUUUUAUUGAUGCACAUACCGACCGAGGAUGUAAGACCGACUAUUCAACUAAUAGAUUUUGGAUGCAGUAUAGACAUGAGUUUAUUUCCUAAAGACACUAAAUUUACUCAAAUUGUCAAGACACCAGAUUUUACUUGCGUUGAAAUGCAGACAGGACGUCCGUGGACAUACCAAACAGACUUGUAUUGUCUUGCAGCGUGCAGUCAUUGCCUUUUGUUUGGUAACUACAUGCGCGUUGCAAAUACUGGUGGACGUUGGUUCAUGACUUCAAAAUUACCUAGAUACGCAAAGAAACAAGCUUGGGAACCAUUUUUCACGGAACUGCUAAAUAUCGAAUCUUGUGAAAAGUUGCCCGAUUUAGCAAAACUGCGUAACGGGUUUGAGGAGGUUCUGGUACAUUCAGAACUACAAAUGGCAUCUAGAAAUUUGUCCAACAUUCUGAACAAACGAUAACAUUUACUCAACUUGGUCCAUCACCUGCCGUUAUGUCCAACAUUGUGCACAUACUUAGCGAAGAACCAACUAUUAAGAGAAAUUAUUACUAUUGUACUAUUUAUUAUAAAUGGCAUUAUAACGAUUAUAUAUAAGUAGAUGCAGCAGAUGAAAUAGAUAUUUAGGCCUGCUUCGUGGAAGCUCUUUCGCUCAAGUCUUGCUUUUCCAUAGCUGAGCUGCAGUAGUUUUAUAAUAACUUUGAGUAAUACGAUUACUUAUUAUGAACCUUUAAUAGUACUGUGAGGGGUUACAUUUAUUUUCAUGUUUUUCUAUUCAAAAGUAGAUUGUGAUAUAUCAAGAAUUGAAUUAUUUUUCUCAUUGAACUUAAAGGAACUCAGAUACGUUCAGUGCAGAGAACCUUCCAUGGAGAAAUAUAUACUUUCCUACAACAAUUAAAAAAAUUGGAUUCAGAUAAAGAAAUUACGUAAUUAUCCGGGUUGUUUAUAGAGGUGUACCAAUAGGACAGUAUUCAUAGACUUACCGUGUGAAUUUGCAUUAAAUAAUGUUGUUGAGUUCUAGUGCAGGGUUUAUUAGAGAUUAAAAAGUGUGUGGAAUAUCAUUAAAUUUCCACAAAUAAGCAAACUGCAGACUAAACUAUAGAACAUUCAGGUAUAAUUGUUAAUAUUUUUUACACGCAAUUAGUAUUUUUCUGAGAAGUAAUUUGUCUCAAUGACUGCUUUCCCAUGACAGGUUUUUUGAAUUUGAGUUUCUUGAAGAUGUUGCGUGUGUUGCUUUCAAGAUUUAGCGGCAUUAUUAAUCAUGUAUAAAAAUACAACUUUUGUAUUAGCACUUUUUCGUAAGUGAAAUAUGCUAGACUUUUCUUAAUAUUUAAAUGUUUUGCCCCAUUUUAAAAAGAUCGAAUUACAGUACAGGGGUUUAUUUUGUAUAAUUUCAUAGCACAUUUGCAAGAGUACGUCUGACUGAAAGCGUAACUACGAGUAACCUUUUUAAAAAUAAUUUCGUUGUAUAUCGAUGAUAUUUUAUCUUCUUAUUUAUAUUUUAGUUAUCGACGAAUACUGUAUGUUUCUUGUACACCAAUGAAUUAAAUGUGAAAGCAAGCAUCCGCUAAACAGGCCUGCCAGUAAGAACGAUAAAACGUUUGUAGACCACGUUAGUGACAAAUAUAAUACCCAUAAAGAUUUCAGCCUUAUGUUUUGAAAAUCCAUUAUUAGAUUUUAUAUAACAAAAAAAAAAAUUAGAUGGCGCGAUAGAAAAGGAUAACGGUAAAAAUGCAUUAUAUUAUAUUACAGUAGGUAUUAAGUAAAAUAGCAGCUAAUUGCUGUGUUUGUUCGAGAUGCUAUGAAACCAUGCCUUAUCUUACUUUAACAGUGUAAUGUAAAAGUCCACUCGUCGAAGGUGUGCGAAAACCGUUCAAAUUGCAAGAAAUACAUUUUACUCAAAACCAAUUAUACGAACUUUCCUAUAAUUUAGGUACGAUUUAGAAGAGUCAAAAAAAAAUAUGAAGUACAAUUACUAUAAUAUUUUCUCUUAUUUCGGGUUAAUUGAAUGUGAUAAAAGUGAUAAUAUACCAUCACAUUAUCUUUUUCAUGGAAUUAUCUAAUAGUUCCUGAUCCGAUGCACCGUAUUGUCAAUAAAUAUCAGCACAAAGCCA